AUGAAUGACAAAUGGUCCUGUCAGGCUUGGCGACCGCUGGGCGCCCGACGAGAAGAGUACGGCGUGCCAGCGGUGCGGGCCGCGACGACGACGACGAUGACGAAGACCGAAGGCCAUGUCGACGACGAAAGCUACCCAGCCCUGCAAGGCGCCAGCAUGGCUAACGGUUGGCUUAUCACAGGUUCUCGUGGUGGUGUCACUCAGGUGCGCGUCGAGUUCAUGGACGACCAGACCCGAUCCAUCAUCCGAAACGUCAAGGGCCCUGUCCGCGAGGACGACAUCCUGUGCCUGCUCGAGUCCGAACGUGAGGCCCGACGCCUGCGAUAA